AUGGUUUUAAUCAACAAAUCCAUGCGGUUGUGUGAACUCAAUUUACACAAUUCCAAUCUUAUUUUAGACGAUAUUAAGCAAAAGUUACGAGAAGUGAAACAGGAAAAGUUGACAUUACCAGAAAGCGAAUAUAAAGAAUUUAAAGCUGAUAUGUUUGAUGAUCUAAAGCUACCAUUUACGAUAAAUUUGCUUAUCAACGAUCAAAAUGAAACUGUUUCCGUUUCCAGCAAUAUAGACACGGCCAAGGGAACGACGCCAGUUAACCAAUAA